AACGAUAACAGAGACGGAAUAGUCAUUAUCUUGCGCCUAAACUUGGCAAGCUUCCCUGCGGCUUUGUACAAAGGGAUGCGAAACGGAACAAAAUAUGAAAGAAAUGUUUUGACCGAAAGUUUAGUGUUGACUGAGAGACAUAUUACGUGAAUAUUAAUAGAAAGCGUUAUUAUUAUCUGUAUAUUUUAUGAUGACCACGUACCUGAUAUACACGUUAACGUUUUGAUCGAGAGACCGAGGGAGAGGAUGGAGUGCGCGAGUGUUAAUUGCGAGAAGAAUGCGGGCGAGUGGAAUCGGAACUGAGGGAGAAGCGCCAGCAUCCGCGACGUCGAGGGUAGGCAGGUAAUGUCGGAGAUCAUGUAGAGGCCGAGCUGAUCAUGAAGAACAAGACGGAGUUAUCGAGCACGGAUGUGUGUGUGAGGAUGAGCAAGGCCGGGCUGGAGGGGGGAGGGCUGGGUGUGGUGGGGGACAAGAGGCCGCCCUCUCCCCACUCCCCAGCGCCCUCACCCCCCAGGAGAGCUCCCACGCCGCCCUUACAGACACAGAUCAAGUGUGAGAGCCCCAUACCCCUGAUUAGCAGCCACGUCCCUUCCCCCCGUCCACUGGUCUCGCCCCCAGCCACAGGCCCCGGGGCGGAGGUGAAGGGCAAGCCUGGGACGGCCAUCCCCAGUGGCAGUGUCAAGGGGGUUCCGCCGAGACCCAGCGAGGGAGGGGAUGAGUCUGCGUCAGGCAAGGCUGUCGCUGGGGCCUCUGCUGGGAAUGCCGGAGGCAGACUGACAUUUUUCAAAGAGGGAAAGUUCCUUCUGGAGUUGUCACAUCGUACGGACAUGGGUGCCUCAGCAGGAUGGGUGCCAGUGAAAAGCAAGACGUACUGGCCCCCUCUCCCAUUGCGUCAUGACACUCCUACUUCACAGUCUGUUUCAGAUGACUGUUCUUCACUGAACUCUUCCCCUUGGACUGGUGAGCAUGUGAGAAAGCAGUCAAUGCCUCGACGUGAUAAGUCCUCGGUGCGGCAGAGUUUUUUGUUCCAUUGGCACACAUUGCAUCUCACACGGGAUGUGAGAAAGAAAAUUAGACUGAGAAGAAACCCCUUUGCCUGUAUUGUUGGUCCAGUGGGAUGUAGGGAUCCUUCAGAACCAAAAGAAAUAAUUCGAAAGAUUAUUAAAUCAGAAAGUGGUGGUAAUGGUGCAUUGCAAGAUAAAAAGAGUAGAUUAGAAAAUAGGGUUCGUGCAUUAGGUGAAAAGCUUGGCUGGGUGUUGGACAGUAAGAUUUCUCUUCAGUCAUUAUUUGAGAAACGGACAGUCAUUGCUGAAACUGUUGACCCUACUUUUGUAUCGCCAAGAAAAAGAUAUUUGCGUCAGAUGGAGUCAGAUCAAGAAUCUUUACAUCGGAAAAAGCUUCACUCUGGAUCUAACAGUGUGUCUCAUAUUCCCGGGGAUAGACCAUCUUCAUCCUCUUCCCCUUCUCAUCACCAUACCAACAGAAGUGCCAUUAAUUCACAAACUUCAUCAGUGUACAGUAUUGAUUCCAUACUGAACAAUGAAUCUGCCAAUAGAAAAAGUGAUUCCUUCCUUAGAACUUUAUUAAAACCAGAAACCAGUGUUCCCCAGUCUAAACCCAGUGUUGUAAAGGAGCAUUCUAAUGAUAUGUUGGCAAACACAGUGAAAGUGGAAAGACAAGAGAGGACAGAUAGAGGAUCUGCAGAAAGGUUGGACCUACUCACUUCUGGCUCAAGGGACCGAAAAGAUCCAGUCGCAGACCUUAGCAGAAUAUCAUCAGACCGGUAUGAACUGGGAAGAUAUGGGUCAAUGGGUAGCCUGGCAAGUCUUUAUGGAUUUACUCCCUAUUUGGACCAUCGCUAUAUGAUGUUACAGUCAUUAGCGCCAGGACUUCAGUCACUGGCACCAGGCCUAGUCCCAGCCAUGUCUUCCCAACAGCCUGAGAUGGCUCAAAGGAUUAAGUACAUAUCCUCUGAGCCAUCUGCACCCAUCUUUGGCUGGGGCACAAUAUCAACCACUGAUUGCAGGAGGAUUGUCACCUGGGCACACUCCACCCACAUCAAUAUCCUCCCAAAUAUCACGGCACCAGGCUCAAACAUCACGAUCCUCUCCACAUCCUCUGACGCAUAGUCCAAGUCCAAAGCCUCCACAAGCUCCCAGCACACCUGCUUCCCCACAUUUAAGCCGUGGGGCUAGUCCGCGUGGAGCUUCAUCACCAUGGCACCAACCACCACCUGCACAUCCUCAUUCUCCACAGAAGCCUAUACUAUUUUGAGUAGUCACACGCUGUGUUAGGUACAAACAGACUAAGUAUAUCUUGACGUAGCCUGAAUGUUUUUUAAUUUAAUUUUGUAUUGAUGGAUACUUACACACAUUGCUAUGUGUAGAUGCAUUUAUUACACAGAGCAAAUUACCAAGUUUAAAGCUUGCUUGGAAAAUGGAUUUCACCAUUUUCUUUUCUACUAGUAAAAUUUUUAUGUGUAAAAAAAAACCC